AUGGAAGAAAAAAAUCAUAUCCGAACAUCCUUGGUUUCCAAGUUACCGAAGUAUGGAACAAAAUCUUUAGGGAGCACCCUACAGCCAAUGUCAAAUAGGACAACUGUUCCCUUGUCAGGGAAUUCUCAUAGCAGCAGUGGCAAAAAUUGCAGCAAGCACAAUGGCACUGUUCAUAUGUCUUCCUUUGCUUUUAGCUGGCAAAAAUCAAAUAAAUAUCAACUUGGUGAUCAAAGUGGUGGUGAGUCUAACUCUGCCCAGAAUUCCAAUGAAAAACUAAUUGAUUCUGAGAAGUAUUCUCCCUCUCAAGGAGGAUUUGGUAAAGAUGUGCUCAGGGUGGGCUUGAACAGCACUUCUUCAGUAGCAUCAAAAACAGCAAAGCAAGUCAACAUGUUUGUGUCCUCUACCGAAGAAUUAAACCAAAAGUCUUUGCCUGGACUGUCUAGUUCAGCGAAAUUCACCAAAGGUACGUUAUUUGGCAGGACUUCAUAUUCUGGACUCAGUGCUCCAAAAUCACAUUUAAAUGGAUUUUAUGGAAAUAGGCCAUCUGUAGACUUGCAGAGGUGUAGAAUUAACUCCAAUGCCACCAGGACCAGUUCAGGAGAGAGUUUGGCACAAUCCACAGACAAUGCUAAAUCUUUGUCCUGUGAAAAAAUGGUUAGAUCACAAAGCUUUUCACAUUCCAUUCAGAAUUCUUUCCUACCCGCUGCAUCCUUAACCAGAUCACAUUCCUUUAAUAAAGCUGUAGAUCUUACAAGGCCUUAUCAAAAACAACAUCUGGCUAUUCGAGCAUCUCAGAGGUCGACUCUGUUGUCAAGAAAUGCCCAACAGUUGGAUGCACCCAGUGGAAAUGAACCUUUAAGAUAUGGAUUUACCAGGCCAUACACUGCUAUAUCAACCUCUGGUUUAAGAAAGCCACCGCUCUCAAAUGGAUCCGGAGUAUCACCCUCUUUGGGGUAUGGAAUGAGUCGUCCUUCUUUACUGAAACCUACCAGACAGCAGUUUACUGGAAAGAUCAUUGUGGAUAACAGCAAAAGUACAAGUACUGACAUGUGCAUAGUGAAGGUCUCUGAGAUUACGGUAAAUGUCAAUGGAGCCAUUGAGAAAAAAGACCUAGAAAAUGACAGUCAAAGAACAGAAUGUGGUGAAGCCCUUCAUGACAGUCUGGGGAAGCAUGGCUCUAAAGUCAUAUGCAUGAAUGACGAUGUGGAUGAAAUAUCCAUAUCUUCCUUGUCCUCUUCUGAGAAGAAUGACCUGAGUGAAGACUUUAGCGAUGACUUUAUAGAUCUAGAAGAUUCAAAUAGAACAAUACAAGUGAAGCAAGAAGUCCCUAUUGAAGAGUUAGGGCAUGGAGGUGCAACACCAGUAGAUCCAGUCACUUCUCUCAAGGAAAGUGAAAGUCCUCAUUGUAACACCGAUGAAUGGCUAGAUAUAGAUGUUUCUGCAGUAGAUGCCAAGAAUGAAAGCACAAAGCAUACUAUUGGGAACAACUUGAUUUCUCCGGACAUGGACUACAGAGCUGGCUCCUCUUUUGAACUUUCUCCAUCUGAUAGUUCCGAUGGAACAUAUAUGUGGGACGAAGAAGGGUUGGAGCCCAUUGGGAGUGUCCAUCCAUGUGGAAGCUAUGAGUCUUCAGAAAUGAACAGCAUAGAUAUCUUGAAUAACCUUGAUUCGUGUGAUCUCGAAGAUGAUGAUCUCAUGCUUGAUGUGGACCUACCUGAGGACACACCUUGUGACAAUGUGGAGUGUGAAAAUAUGAAUCGUUAUGAUAGACAAGACAGAAAUACGCGACAGCAGCAGGAUGGAUUCUGGAAGAGGACACCGCAGCGUUGGAGUGCACAAGACCACUAUCACUUGGGCCAUGCAGGCCACUUUCCACAUGGUAAAAAUGACCUGAGCAGAGGCUCCAGCCACUUAGAGCCUCCUAUUGGUCACUUUGAAGGCUAUGGAGCACCAAACAUCUACCAGACUCCUAGACAGUUGGUGGGCUUACGGGAGAACACAGUGAUGCUUGAUGAAAUGACUCUUCGGCAUAUGGUUCAAGACUGCACAGCUGUAAAAACUCAGUUACUAAAACUGAAAAGAUUACUGCACCAGAAUGAUGAGAAUGUCUGUCUUCAGGACAUCCCACUCUCAAUACCAUCAAGCCCAGAACCACAGGAUGUUGAGCCUAUAUAUAAGACUGAAGAUCUGCUAAAUGAGAUCAGGCAGCUUAAAGAAGAUCUGAAGAAAAAAGAUGAAACAAUCAAACGAUUAGAGCACCAGCUUGCCACUAGGUGUAACUGUCACAAAGAUGGCCAAAAACCUAAAGGGACGAUGUGCACAUAUGCUGACAAAUUCACACAAACCUCCUGCAGGAGAAGUUCUCCUCAAGUACUACAGCCUUCCAGCAGCCUUCCCAGUUCCACAGACCUCGCCCAGGGAAAAUUAAUAAAAACACCACAUAUCGAGGCCCCCAGUGAAUACCCUAAACAGGGCCUGCAUGAAAACGAUGAUCAUCACAAUCAAAAUGCUGCAAAUGGCUCUCACACAAAUAGCCUGAAUGAGUUGAACAUUUUACUGAGUAAACGUUUAAAUAUAAAGGACCUGAAUGAGAACGAACCUUUUGAGGAGAAUUUGAAGGUUAAAAAGAGUGCUAAAGAACCUGGAGAGCUGGCUAGUAAUGAAGAUAGUACACUACAGUCUCUUCCCUCUUCUUGUCAGACACCCACCCAAAUGGAUGCUAGAGAUGUGCAGACUAAGUUAGCUGCGAAAAGUCAACCUUCAUCCCCAAACCAGGCUUCUCAGCCAAAGACUUUAAGAGCUUCAGAGCCCCCAAACCAGAAUGCUUUAGUGCCUCCUACAGUAGCCAAUACUGCAUCAUCCCCGAACUGCUCCACUGCUUCCAAGGCUGAGCUACCACCAAGUAGUGCAACACAGCUACAACCAACAUCUAGUCAGACACACCUAAAGAGUAAACCGAGUCAGAGGAUUUCUAAACUUCGCCCACCAACUAUUUCCUUUGUUAAAUCUAAACAAAUAAGCAGCCCAAUGCUUAUAUCUCCAGAACCUCAGAAUUCCCAUUCCAAGACUAACAUCCCAAGGCCGCUGGCACAAAGAAAGGAAAACGUGCAAAAUCAGAAUACCAGUUUGCGUUCUGGGGAUAGUUUGGUCUCUAAUCGGCAUUCCCGCCUCCCUAAACCAAAGACACAUUAA